AUGAUAACGACUAGCAAGCCAGCAUCUUCGCCUCAACAAGUAACGUCGGCUAGGAGUCCUUCUCCCACAGCGUCUUCUAACCAACCUGCCCUGCACGGAACACACACCUCGCCAACCCUGCCAGAACAAUCGAGGACUAUAGCAGUGCCAUCGCUUUGGGACCGCGCGUAUGAGGCCCUCAGAAAGGAAGAUAGACAGUUAGUAGAUAAUUACGAGAAGCUGCUUUCGAGAGAGUUAGAGAAGACAAUGCAAGGGAUAAAAGAUUUUGUUGGUACUGCCGUCGCGGUGUCUCUAUUAGCUUCUUUAGCCUGGGCCGGCGUCUGUGUCAUUCUCCUAAUCCUCACGAACCCUAGCGCCGCAGAACAAGCCAAUAGUGAUGGAUUCACAUAUGUUACCUCCCGCAUGCGCCUCUACGUUAUGCUUGAGCCCCUGCUAUUGCCGAAGGAUCAGGACCAAAAUGUUACUAUUCCCAAAGAUUUAAAGGCUUAA